AUGCUCCAUUCCCACCACGCGAUCCGACGCGUGAAGCUAGCCCCUCGUCUUGGCAAGCGACGACCAUUCUCGUCCAAGCACCCACACAUACCCAAAUUCUACUUCCCUCGAGAAAUCCUGCCACCAGUUCGAGUGCUGGGUCCAAAACUGUGGUGUUUUGGCGUUGCUGGUAUCAUCUACGUGGGCUGCGCAACAUACGAAACCUACCAGGAGGUCCAGGAAAGCAAAGGACGUCCAGGUCCGCUCACGGUCAAAGGGACCAACCUCGCCUCAUAUGGCUCUAGUACAACUGGAACUGGGCUCCUCGGAGACCUCACCGGCGCAGAAAAAGCGCUCUUCGCAAUUGGUGCUUUAAACCUUGGUAUCUUCGGUAUCGCGCGCGCCGUUCCACGGACGAUUAUGACAUUGGUACACGUCCCAGCUAGCGGGCGCAAUUUCACCAUGUUGACUUCGACAUUCGGCCAUUUGGGGGCUCUACACCUGGCUUUCAACAUGCUUGCUCUCUUCAGCUUUGGGUAUACCGUCGCCGAAAGCCCAACUUUCACGUCCAGCGGCAGUCAUCUGACCGCUUUCUACCUUUCCACGGGCUUAUUUGCAAGUUUGGGCCAGCACCUCAGGGCUGCGGUGCCGAGGAGCUCUGCCAGGUUUGUGCCUGCCUUGGGCGCAAGUGGUGCCAUUAUGGGUCUUAUUGGCGUGUGGGCGAUGGUCUAUCCAGAUCAUCGCUUUGGGAUCAUGUUGCUUCCUGGGAGUCUUCCGGCUGGGGAGGCUCUGAUGUAUAUGAUUGCUUUUGAGACUUGGGGGACUGUGUUUGGGUUCCCGUACAUCAAAUUCGCUCACGCGGCUCAUCUUACUGGACUCCUUGCUGGUGCAGCAUAUGUUCAUUUUGAUGGGAAGAAGAGGUUAUGGCAACCUACAAAACGCCUUGCCUUUAAUUCGAUGAAAGGAUUGAACAUGAUCUAG